GUUCAGUGUGACAGGCUUACUUGAAGUCGUGGUGUUAUGUUGGGUUUGCAGAAGGAUGGAGAUGAGGCAGCUGAACCAGGCUUAAAAAAGAAAACCUCCUCUCCACACGCCCACAAUUGAUUUCUUUGGCUGUCUCUGAACUGAUGGGCAAAGAAAAUCAUAGCAUCACAGCUGCAAGUUACAGUUGUACCGCCUAAUGCAUUUGGCAGUGCAUUCUUUCCUUUACGUGCUAGAUUUUUAAGUGCUGGUGUAAACGUCAGAUCGUCUGCUAUUACCAUGUACCAAGUGGUACCAGGGGGUGCCGCAGGCACCAUUACCAAUGCUGUACCAAUAAAGCAGAAGAUGGCCAAAGAUGCGCGCCCCCUUGUGGGGGCUGGUGUCCUGGGUUUGGUGCUGGUCAUCGCUGCAGUGGCCGCUUGGUGCUACUAUAUCUCCUCCUUGCACAAGGCUGACCUGCUCAAAACGGAGUUGCUGGACCUAAAUAAGGACGGAUUCCUAAUUCGCAACCAGGCUGGGGCCAUUGUCUUCCGCAUGGCAUUUAGGUCAGGAACUCUUGACUUGGACUCAUGCUCGAAGGAGGGAGAGAUUCUAAGCUGUGGCCGGUCGGUAGCAGGGAAACUCAACUUUUUCAUCCAGACAGUGAGGCCAAAGGACACGGUCAUGUGCUACCGCGUGCGCUGGGAGGAGCUGGAGUCCGACCGGCCAGUGGAGCACGCCAUGUCUUACAACGGAUCGCACUGGUACGGCGGGGCAGAGAGCAGCAUCCAGCACUGGCCCAUCGUUAUCACUGGCCAGCAGGCGCCGAAGCCCUUUGUGACGAGCGACAUAUACUCCAACCGCCAUGAUUUCGGAGGCAUUUUGGAACGUUACUGGCUGUCUUCUAAUGCCACGGCCAUCAAGAUCAAUGACUCGGUCCCCUUCCACCUGGGCUGGAAUGACACAGAGAAGGUCAUGUACUUCCAGGCCAGGUACCAAGACAGCCCAUAUAAGCCACACCCUGGGCAGCUACCCUAUUCGGAGCUCAGCUACCGUGUGUGUGUGGGCUCCGAUGUUACCUCCAUCCACAAGUACAUGGUGCGACGAUACUUCAACAAGCCCAACAAGGUGCCCUCCAAGGCUAUGUUCCAGCACCCUAUUUGGUCUACCUGGGCGCUGCACAAGACCGAGAUCGACCAGGAGAAGCUGCUCCAGUAUGCAGCCAACAUCCGGAAGCACCGGUUCAACUGCAGCCACCUGGAACUGGACGACCGCUACACCAGCAGCUACGGCGAGUUCGAGUUCGAUCCCGUCAAGUUCCCCAACGCCACGGGCAUGUUCCAGAAGCUGAAGGCGGACGGUUUCCUUGUGACCCUCUGGACUCACCCCUUCAUCAACUACGACUCGGUUAACUUCGGCAUAGGUGUGGAGAAGGGGCUGUUUGUGCGGGAGCCCAUGGGCAUGCUGCCCGCCCUGGUGCGCUGGUGGAACGGCAUCGGCUCCAUCCUGGACUUCACCAACACAGAUGCGCGCGACUGGUUCUCCUCCCACCUGCGUGCCCUCCGGUCCAAGUACGGCGUUGUCUCCUUCAAGUUUGACGCCGGAGAGACUAACUACCUGCCCUGGCAGUUCAGCACCCGCGUCCCCCUGCGGGACCCCAGCACCUUCACCCGCCGCUAUACCGAGAUGGCCAUCCCCUUCAACGAGCGUGCUGAGCUGCGCGUGGGCUACCAGUCGCAGAACAUCUCCUGCUUUUUCCGUCUCAUCGACCGCGACUCGGUCUGGGGCUACGAGCUGGGCCUCAAGUCCCUCAUCCCCACCGUGCUCACCAUCAGCAUCCUGGGAUACCAGUUCAUCAUGCCAGACAUGAUCGGCGGCAACGUCUACCCUAACCGGACCCACGGCUCCCAACGGCUGCCCGACCGCGAGCUGUACAUACGCUGGCUGGAGCUGUCGGCCUUCAUGCCCGCCAUGCAGUUCUCCAUCCCGCCCUGGGAGUACGACGCCGAGGUCAUCCAGAUCGCCCAGCGCUUCACCGCCUUGCACGAGACGCUGGUCGCCCCUCGGGUUCUGGAGCUGGCGGGGGAGGUGCUGGGUACCGGUGACCCCAUCAUCCGGCCAUUGUGGUGGAUCGCUACGGGAGAUGAGACGGCCUACAAGAUCGACUCCCAGUUCCUGAUCGGGGAUGACCUCAUGGUGGCACCUGUCCUGGAGCCUGGCAAACAGGAGAGGGACAUAUACCUCCCGGCUGGUCGCUGGCGUAGCUACAAGGGUGAAGUCUUUGACAACAAAGGUCCAUUGCACCUCACUGACUACCCCGUGGACCUGGAUGAGAUUGCUUACUUUGUCUGGAUGUAGUAAGCAAGCAACUUGAAGCCUGAACAUUUGGUUGAGUGGGAAUGUUAGGGGGACAUUGGAGUACAGGACCGUGCUCACAGUAUUUCCUCAAACCUGUCCACACGCAGGUUUGUUGCGGAUUCCUAUGCACAUUUGCUCUACUGUCCACACCUUGUGGAAGUUUGGAUCAGGUCCGAAAUCAACAACACAGGUCUACUGCAAAAGAGGACUCAGCUAUUGUUCAAGCGGUUGCAUGCUUUGUUAACCUUUGCCAGCGCCCUUCCAGGAAUGCCAGCUGGGCUGCAGUGAGAUGUGGAGCUGUAUUAUGUCAUGCCCAUGAUCACCAAACGUCCUCUGCACUGCGGUUGUUGCUAAGCUUUCAGUAGUGUCCAAACAUACCUUUUAAGUACAACAACAGGCAAGACUCUUGCUCGUGCUUGAACAUGUGCCUUGAAAUUACAGCUUUGUGUUGACAUUUGGCGCUUAUCAGGGUGAAAUAAUGCUUCAUUGACAAUGAUUUGCUUAUUGUGUGCAGGUCUCAGCAAAAACAUUGUGCCUCGAUCAUUAUAUGUAUUUUGAGAUAAGAAAAAUUCUCAGAGCCAGCUCAGAGCUAGUUUUUGGUGAUUGUGACAACUGAAUGCAGGGAUCUGGCAUUGGAAUGAGUGGUGGAUUAAUCAUCGAAUGAUGCAUUCAAUCUCAAACGCAGUCCUAAAGCUCAGAUCCAAGCCUAACAGGUCCCCUCUCUGUGGGCAGCUGCAACUUGAGUGCCAACAACCACAGUUGAGUUCUGGGGGAAAAAAAGGGAUAGCAUGAACAUAGCAUAAUUUUAUUGUAAUGAAAAUGUAAAUUGCAGAGAAUGCAAAUUCUAAAAAUGUAUGUAUAUUUGAUGUUAUGUACUUUAUUUCUUGAGCAGUUUAGAUCCAUUUCUGAGGGAGGAAUUGUGUAGCCAGUGGGUUGCCUGCCAUUUCAACUGUUAUUUUAUUACUCUUCAAUAUAUUGUGUUUGUCUCUGAAACUAAAAUCAAUAUAUUAAGUCACAACCAAUGUUCAGCAAAAAGUUAUAGAGUUAAGUUCACAUAUACAGUAGGUAACAGUGAAGCUGGUGAUUAAGGAAUGAUGACUGUGGGCUGGAAACCUAAUUACUUUUUUCUGCCUUUUAACCUUUAACUGCCAAAGCCAUCAGUUUCCGUCCAUGGCAUCACUUCUGUCAGGCCAGUGAAUUGCGCCCGAUUUCCAUUCAAGUAGAGUACAGUGAAUUGUGUGUAUUGUCUUCUUCUAAAGGCAUUGAAGGACAAGUUUGAAAAAAAAAAUAGACUUGAUACUGUUACAGCAGAGGCUAGAAUAACAUGACAAUUCAAAACUAGAAUCUCAUAGAUUCAUAGGAAUCAUAGACUCAUAGUGAAGAGUAAAGGAAAACUACAGUUAAAUAUUAGGUUUGAUAUACACACUUGAGCAUUCCAGAACAAUUUUUCAUAAGCUUAGAACCAAAACCAGUAUAAGAAAAUAAUGACAUACUGAGAUCAUCUAUAUACACUGACAAUUACAUAAUACAAAGUAUAGUGAGUGAAUCAAUGUGCUAUUUUGUGGUGGUGACUUCAUUUUGAAAUUAAGAAAAAACCAAAGUUUGAUCUUGAAACACCAUUAAAAGCAUGUAUGAAUGUCAUCCAGUUACAUUUUCGUUAUGGUCUAGCUUAUAGUUUUUCCACAUAAUGUUCGAACAGUGGAAUUGCACCCUUGCACAAACUGCACUGUUGAUACAACCACUCCUAUCGGCAACUGGAAAGAUGAACUAUAGAUUGUAAUUAUAGAUUAACACAAGUAACAAAGGGGUAGCUGUUAAACCUAGUUAGUGAAUGACCCAGUGGACAUCUGAAGGAACAAAAAUGCAUGAUUAUGUAGAUCUGUAUGGUAUACUACUCAAUAUUAUCACAGUAUGCCGUGCAGAUUAGUCAGCAUAAAACUGUUGAGUUGUUAAAGGUGAACCAGCUAAUCCACAGGUUAAACAACAAAUGGCAAAGAAAAGCAUCAAGUAAAACUGAAGAUACUUCUCUUCCCAUACCUAAUGAAAAUACUGGCUGUUUCAUCUGCAGUGAGUUUAAUUGGCUGCUUUUAGUCUUUUAAAAAUAUUACUGGUCUGAGCUGGGUCGAUAUCACCGAUAAUGGUGCUACCCUGUGAAAUUUUCAAUUUACUGUGCAAGUCAAUUUUGAACUGGAGAUAUUGAGCCGCAUCUGCAUAUUUUUAAAUGCGUCCUGCAGGAGAUUAGAAGAAAACCAUCCUUGUUUGUAUCAUUGGGUAUUACGGUAAAGUUAUCAGAGAUAAUGUAUCGAUCUGUUUCUCUGGCCCGGUGUUUUCAUGGUCCUUCCUCAGGCUUCUUUCCUCUGUCUGAUUGGUGUAUAACAGUGCCUGCCCUCUGCCGAAUCCACUCCCUGACUCCGCUGCGCAUUGCCUGAACCGGUCCCCGCCAGCUGCGGUGCGUUCUGCCGCUGUGAUUGACCGUGACAUUUCAUCAGCAUUAAUGCUCUCCCAUGGCCGUGUCGCCAGCAUCACUAAUUCGUAACCGCGAGGGUUAUUUUUAGCACCUCGGGCAGGAGGUGGGUUGGCCAACCACUCUUUUUUAUCACGUUUUCUCAGAGCGGCUAGUAGUCUUUCGGGCCACGGCUGAACUUUGGAAGUUCUGUCGGACGCAUGUGUUUGUACAGCGGACCUUGGGGCAAAAUUUGAGGAGUACAAAAAUGAGCAGAAAUGCAUUCGCACUGGUAAUCAGCUCGUCAACUUUGGAUCCUGAACUCUCAAACCAAAAACAUCCUGGCUCAAACACAGGCCGGUCUGCUUUCCAAAGCUGUGCUCCACAGCGAUACUUGUAAUCAGCCAAAUAAGACUAUAGCAGAGGGAAAAAGCAUAAAAACGAAUAUUUAAAAAAGGGUGUGGUAACAUAGCACUAGCUAAAUUACCACAAUGCUUUAGUUGUGAAAGCAAGUAAUGGAUAUUGAAUAAACCGUAUAGUGCUCCUUAAUGUGAUUAAUUUAUUCUUAAAAAAGAUCAGUUUCAGUGUGACACCCCCC